AUGGAGUACAUCAAGAUUGCCAAAGUAUCUAAUGUAGUGCUGCAUAGAAGAGGUACGGCCACACAAGGUACUUUACAUUUGACUACUCACCAUUUGAUCUUUGAGUCACCACAAUUGUCGACGGAAUUUUGGUUUCCAUAUCCUUUGAUCUAUGGAGUGCAUAAAAACCCGGGUAGUACAUUACUGUCCAAGUUGACUUCCACUAAUCAAAUCCAAUUGGAGGGAACGGAUUCACAGAAUUACAAGCUUUACCAGGGUAAGGAUCUAUGGUCUUUUGUAAAUAUCAAGGUAAUUGGGAAAGAUUAUGCGGUAUUCUCAUUGGAUUUCGGUGGUGAUUUACAUCUACAGGCAAGAAAGGUGUAUGAUUCCAUCUUAAAUUUGACGGUCCUGUCCAAUAUCACGCAACUAUAUGCAUUUAUUUACAUAUCCAACAAUCUGGAAAGGAAACUACCUUCACCCGAUAGCUGGGAUAUAUAUGACCCAAUUAAGGAAUUUCGAAGGCAGGGCCUCGACAGUAAAGAUGAAACAUGUCCUUGGAGGCUAUCCACGGUAAACGAACACUAUGAAUUUUGUCCAACGUAUCCCUCAAAACUUUUUGUACCAAGAUCCACGUCAGAUAUAUUAUUGAAGCAUGCUUCGAAGUUUAGAUCACAGAAAAGAAUUCCUGUUUUAACUUAUCAUCACAAGGCAACAGAUUGCAACAUUCUUAGGUCAUCUCAACCAUUACCGGGGUUGAUCAAUCAGAGGUCCAUUCAAGAUGAAAAAUUAGUUUGGGAAAGCUUCAACUCAUUUUGUAAUAAAGAUAUUAGAAGAACGAAACAUGUAAUAGUAGAUGCCAGACCCAGAACAAAUGCAUUAGCACAGAUGGCGUUGGGUGGCGGGACAGAAAAUAUGGAUAAUUAUAAUUUUUUUUUAGCUGAUAACAAUAUGGGUGUCGAUAAAAGUCUAAAACUGCCCACAGUUACACGGUUAUUUCUUGGUAUAGAUAACAUUCAUAUUGUUUCCAACACAGCUGCAUACAUGACGGAAGUUAUCUGCCAAGGUGGCGAUUUGAAUUUACCACUGGAACAGAAUUUAAUUAGGAGUCAAAAAUUUUCCAAUUGGUUGAAGUUGAACACUCUUAUUUUAAAAUCCGUUGAUAUGCUUUUAAAGUCCAUCAUUUUCAAUCAUUCCAACGUUUUGGUUCAUUGUUCUGACGGUUGGGACAGAACCAGUCAAGUUGUAUCACUAUUAGAAAUUUGUUUGGAUCCUUUCUAUAGAACUUUUGAAGGUUUUAUGAUCCUAGUGGAAAAAGAUUGGUGCUCUUUUGGUCACCGGUUUUUGGAAAGAAGUGGUCAUUUAAACUCUGAUAUUAGAUUUCAUGAUAACACUAUGCAUUCCAACUUCAACGAUGUGGAUACCAAUGGCGAUGAUCUUGACAUAGGUGUUAACACUCAAGACGAUUAUGCUGAAGAUGAUGAAGGAGGUGAAGAUGAGACGAAUUUAAUUAAUUUGAGUAGAAUUUCCAAAAAAUUUAACGAAAACUUUAAAUUGAACAAGAAAAGUCUAAAGUUCGUCUCCCCAGUUUUCCAACAAUUUUUAGACUGUGUAUACCAACUUUUGACGCAAAACCCAGAUCUAUUUGAAUUCAACGAAAGAUUUUUAAGAAGACUAGUUUACCACUUGUAUUCAUGCCAAUAUGGAACAUUCCUUUCCAAUAGCGAGAAGGAGAAAUUUCAACAGAAUUUGCCAAACAAGACUAAAAGUGUCUGGGACUACUUCAGAUCUAGAAGAAAGCAGUUCAUAAAUCCAAAUUUCAUACAGAGAAAAAGAAGCGGCAUGAAUGAGCACGAUCAAAACCUUGAAGAGGAAGAAAAAGUGGAGUGGAUUUCGCCGGAUCUGAAGAAAGUCCAAUGGUGGUGGCAGUUAUAUGGAAGAAAAGAUUCAGAAAUGAAUGAUGAAUUACGCCAUAAACGAGACUCAGUACCCAUAUCGGUGGAUAAAAAGAGUAAAGAGCAUAGUAAUUCCGAUGGCGGUAAGGGUUUAAAUUUGUCAAUUUUUGGAUUUGAUAUGUUUAAUAGAAAGUGA